GAGGUGUUUCAGGCCCUGCAGCGGCUGCACAUGACCGUCUUCUCCCAGAGCGUGUCCCCCUGCGGGAAGUUCCUGGCGGCGGGCAACAAUUACGGGCAGAUUGUCAUCUUCAGCUUGUCUGCUGCUUUGAGCUCUGAGGCUAAAGAGGAAAGUAAGAAGCCUGUGGUGACCUUCCAAGCCCAUGAUGGGCCUGUGUACAGCAUGGUGUCCACUGAUCGGCAGCUGGUCAGUGCUGGGGACGGGGAGGUGAAGGCCUGGCUGUGGGCGGAGAUCCUCAAAAAGGGUAGCAAGGAGCUGUGGCGUCGUCAGCCGCCAUACAGGACCAGCCUGGAAGUGCCCGAAAUCAAUGCUUUGCUGCUCGUCCCCAAGGAGAAUUCUCUCAUCCUGGCCGGGGGAGACUGUCAGCUGCACACUAUGGACCUUGAAACUGGGGCCUUCACGCGGGCCCUCCGGGGCCACACAGACUACAUCCACUGCCUGGCACUGCGGGAGCGGAGCCCUGAGGUGCUGUCGGGCGGCGAGGAUGGGGCCGUGCGGCUUUGGGACCUCCGCACGGCCAAGGAGGUGCAGACAAUCGAAGUCUACAAGCACGAGGAGUGCUCUAGGCCCCACAAUGGGCGCUGGAUCGGAUGCUUGGCAACUGACUCAGACUGGAUGGUCUGCGGCGGGGGCCCGGCACUCACCCUCUGGCACCUGCGGUCCUCCACACCCACCACCAUCUUCCCCAUGCGGGCGCCACAGAAGCAUGUCACCUUCUACCAGGACCUGGUAGGCCCUCUCUCUCCUUCUGCCACCCCUGCCUGGCUCCCGUCUCCAGCCCUGACACCCAGCCCCCUCUUGCUCUCCACAGAUUCUGUCGGCUGGCCAGGGCCCCUGUGUCAACCAGUGGCAGCUAAGCGGGGAACUCAAGGCCCAGGUGCCAAGCUCUUCCCCAGGGCUGCUCAGCCUCAGCCUCAACCAGCAGCCAGCGGCCCCCGAGUGCAAGGUUCUGACAGCCGCAGGCAACAGCUGCCGGGUGGAUGUCUUCACCAACCUGGGCUACCGUGCUUUCUCCCUGUCGUUCUGACCCGUCAACAUCCCUUCACUCUGGGGCUGGGAGUGCCUUUUCUCUUUUCUUUUUUUACAAAUAAAGUUUCUAACGUUUCUUCCAUGUGCUUCUUUCUCAAGAACAGAGACCAAGCUGCUGUCGUGAUUUAUAUAUUACUCUGUCCAAUCUUGAUACAUAAAUACCCACCGUCCUCCUGCCCUGGAGAGGGCCCAGUGCUUAGAAAAGAUAGACCUAUAGAUCCCUAAGGUAGGCAGCUCUGCCCCCCCAACCCGCGUCUGGCCCCUGGCCCCCAAAGCUGGCCCCUGCUCCCUGUGAGCCCCUGCCCAGCUUUCGGGGUGGAGAGGGCGCCAGCCACCCUCGGAACACUGGGCGU